AGUUGUAGAAUCGAGAGAGAUACGAAAAUGGCACUUUGGCAGCUCACAUUUGCGGCUCUUUUUGCGUUCGUCGCUGCUCAGCCAGGACCGAAAAUGGUUGACGAAACGACUCGCUGGAGUCAAUGUAAAGACACAAACCAAUCUAUUUACGAUUUCCAGGUAGAAACACUACAAGGAGAAUACACAGACCUUAGUCAAUACCGUGGACAGGUGCUUCUCAUGGUCAACGUUGCUACUUUUUGCGCGUACACCCAGCAAUACACGGAUUUCAACCCCCUUAUCGAGAAGUACCAAUCCCAAGGAUUUACUCUCAUUGCCUUCCCAUGCAAUCAAUUCUAUUUGCAAGAGCCAGCUGAGAACCAUGAACUGAUGAAUGGAAUAAUGUAUGUUCGUCCUGGAAACGGAUGGAAGCCACACCAGAACUUGCACAUUUAUGGAAAGCUUGACACCAACGGAGACAACCAACACCCAAUCUACGAGUUUGUCAAGGAGUCUUGCCCACAAACUGUUGACAAAAUUGGAAAGACUGAUGAAUUGAUGUACAACCCAAUUCGUGCUUCUGAUAUCACAUGGAACUUCGAGAAGUUCCUUAUUGACAGAAAUGGACAACCAAGAUUCCGCUUCCACCCAACUGCUUGGAGCCACGGAGAUGUUGUCACUCCAUUCAUUGAGCAACUCCUUGCUGAGCCAGCUAAUUAAUUGGUUAUUAACUAAUUGACAAUCAUUGAUUUCAUUCCAAUGUGUGUGUAUACUUUCGUAGUACCGACCCACAUGUCAAUCAGGGGUUGCUUUGUUCUUGUAUAGCGAAUAUCAUAAGAUAUUGUGCUUCUCCACGUUUUAAUUGCCUCCGGGUUUUUCUCCGUUCCUGUAUUUACGUUCCGUCGAAAUAAAGUAGAAUAUCACAUU